GAAUUUUCCGGUGUCGGGACUGUAUUAUAAAAACUUUGAACGUUUCAUUGUUCGGUUUUAUUUUUCUCUAAAAGAAUUUUUUUUUUCUUUUGUAUUUUAGAGGAAAAGUGAAUAAUAACAGUAUAUAACUAAUAAUAAUAACAUCUGUAUAUAAUAUUUAGUGUACAGACACAUUUAUAUAUAAAAUUUUAAAAUCUUAAAAUGUAUACAUGUUGUAUUAAUUAUAUACAAAGUUAUAUACAUAAAUGUAAAUAAAAUAUCUGAAAUAAAAAAUAAUAAUAGUAAUAAUAAAUAAGAAGGAAUCAAAUAUCAUAAAAAAGAAAAAUUAAAAUAAUAAUAAUAAUAAAAGAGGAGAAAAAUGGAGACAUUAUUGGACAAGGAUAUUAAGGAUUUAUUUUACGAAGGCACAAUCAAUAACGGUUAAAAGAAAGGCGCAUCUAAAUUUAUUAGAUGUUACCAAAAAAAAUAUUGAAUGAAAUGAAACGGAAUGAUGUCUGCCGUAACUUUAAAAAGUGAUCUAUUUUUUUUUUUUGUGUAAAACAAAAUUAACAGGACAAAAACAUUUUUAAUAAGAGAGAGAGAGAGAGAGAGAAAAAAAAACAACAAUAACAACAAAGUGUUAACACUAAAGUCAACAAUAUCAAAUUCAAUGUUUUUGAGUUGAAUUGCUGUGGUAGCUGUAUUUUGUAGUAAAAAAAAAUAGUUGUAUGUAGUAGAAAUAGAAAUAUAAACAAUAAUAAAAUAUUUUAUUACUACAAUAUAGUAAUAAUAAUAACAUGUAUAUCAUAUUAAAAUCAUAAUUUUAUAUUAUUUUCUGAGAAACUCAAAAGGACAAUAUCAUAAGAUAAUAUGGAUGAGAAGAAUAAUAAAGAAAUUUCAUUUCAUCGCUAUCGUUUUCUCUAUAAUUCUUUCAACUUUUGUCCUAAAAACUUAGAGUCUAAUAAUAAAAACUUAUUCACUACAAUAUCAUCUUAUUCAAAUUCUACAAAAUAUUCAACAUUUUCAAAAGAAACAACAAAUACAAAAGAAAUAAUAGAAAAGAAACGGAUAUUACAAUAUCAUCAAUCUUCCAAUAAAAAUUUAUUUUCAUCAGAACGAAAAAAUUCAAUUCAAUCCGAUUGCAUAACAAUAGGCGACACAAAUUCCAUUCAAAAUAAUAAUAAUAAUUUACCAAAUUGUAAAAAUAUUAAAAUGUUAUUUAAUAACUACAAUAAUAUUUUAAAAAAUCAUAAAAAUAGUAAUUGUAGUUGUAGUAAUUGUAGCGAUUUUUUAGAUGUUCUACAAAAUAAUCAAGAUAAAAAUAUGAAAAAUGAUGUAAAAAAUAAUCGAAAUAUUUUACAAAAUUGGACUAUCGGUGAAAAAUAUUAUUAUAAUAAUAAAUUUUGUGCCACAUUAAAUUGUAAAAAUGACAUUGAUAACAUUAGUUGUAGUCCCAAUGUUAAUAAAUCAUACAUCAAAGUUAGUAAUAUAAAUAAUAGAAUUAAUAAUUAUAAUAAAAUUUAUGAUAAGAAAUUUUGUUUAAAAUGUUGGAACAAUAAUUGGAAUAUUUUCAAAAAUUAUUGGAAAAAAAUUUUAUUCUGUUUAGCAGUUAUUAUCAUGGCAGUAAAUAAUAUUAUAUUUAAAUUGACAAGAUUUAGUCAAUCAUUAAUAACAUUGAAUUCAACAAUCUUAUCAUCUGAAAUCCAAUCAUCUAUUAAGGGGCACAAUAAAUUAUCAGCGGCAUUAACAAGAAAAAGAAGAAGAAGAAGAGUAACAACAACAAUAUCAACAACAGCAAUAAAAACAGUAACAAAAACAAUUUCUUCAAUGUAUUAUAAUAACUGUAAUAGUAAUCCAUUAUCAUCAAUAAGCUCUUCAUUAUUUUUCUUAAUAAUAUUCUUAACAAUAAUUUCAACAACGACAACACCAUGUGUAGCCGGUUCAACAAUUCCACCACCGAAAAUUGUAAAUGCCGAAGUGCCAGAAUCAAAUCAACAGCAACAAUUGCAACAGCCACAACAGCAAUUACAGCAGCAACAACGUCAGCAAUAUGUUCAUAAUAACAAUAAUAAUAAUAAUAAUCAUCAUCAUCAUCAAAAUCAACAACAUCAUCAAGCAACAAAAACUAAUGAAAUUUAUAAUAACGUAAAUACAAGAUGGGAAAAUUCACAAUUAAAUGAAAAUCUAAAUGAUAUUGUAAAUGAUAGUAAUGAUAGCGGUGAUGGUGAUGUAAUUAAUAAUGAUGAUGAAGAUGAUGAUGGAGAUGAUGAUGAUACUGGUGAUGGUAGUCAUACUAGCGCUAAUACUAGUGAUAAUGAUGAUAAAAAUGAAAAUGAUGAUAUAAGUGAAAUUAAAAGUUAUCAUUAUCAUCGUAGAAGAGAAGUUAAUAAUAGUGCCAAUAUAACAGGAAAAUUUUCAACAUCAACAAUAUCAACAACAAUUGCAGCAAUAAAUUUGAAUUCAUCAAUAGAAAAUAUUGUUGGUUUAAGUGAUUUAAUGAAUUCAAGUGAUUCAAUUUUAAGUAAUAGUUCGGGGAAGGAUAAAAAUUCUAAAACAACUAUAACACCUCCACCACCUUGUGAGCCAAAAGUUUUAGAAAAAAUUCCACCUGAUCCGUCAUUUGAUGUAGAAGAUAUUUGUAUUGAUGCUGCAAAAGAAUUUGCUGAAUUUUUAUCAACAAAAUCAUCAAUAUCAUCAGUAUUAGAGAAUACAGGAGUACUGCAACAAUCUUCAUUAUCAUCUAUAUCAUUUAGUGGAUCUGGUAGUGGUAUUAAUAUACAAUCACAAUCUAAUAGUGGAUUAAUUGAAGAGAUAAGAAAAAAAGCAAAUAAUAUUGCAAAUGAAGCAUUACAAAUGGAUGAAAAUCUUUUAGCAUUUGCAAUUGCAUCACCAAUUUUACAUAUUGCUGUUGUUAAAUUCCGGGAUAAUGUUACGAUACCUUCCCCAGAAAUGCAUAAUAAAGCAUUUUUAGGUGUUUAUUGGAGAGAACUGGGACUGGCAUGGAAUAAUACAGAAGGAACAAACGAAUGGGGUACACCAUUUCGAGAUUGUAACGCAUUACCGGGAAGAUGGUUAUGGCCUUAUAGAAUAUCAAUUGUUGACUCUGGAUACAAAAUUGUUGCAACAGCUUUUAUUGCAGCUGAUGUUGAUUUAUGUAACGAUAAUUUAGAAGAAAUUUUUGGAAGAAAGCAUGGUUGUGAUCGUGAUACAACAUUUUGUUUAAUGACUGGUGACCCAAAACCAUCAAUUAUAAAUCGUGAUGGUUAUACAUGUAUUUGUCGUGACUCAUACUAUUUGCCAAAUUCAACAACACAAGGAUUUCGUUCUGAAUUAGUUGAAAGUAUUACUGGUGAUAUGGAAAAUAAUUAUACAUGUACACCGUGUCCCGGUGGUUGUUUUACAUGUGAUCAAAAUGGUGUUUGUUUAAUGGGUGGACAUGAUCAACCCGUAUCAAUGGAAAUGUUAUUUAAGGCAUCUGUUGGAUCAAUAUUAGGUGCUUGUAUGUUAUGUUGCUUAGUAUUAGCAGUAAUUAUUUUUAGACGUAGAAAAAAUAAGGCAAUUGCAACUGGAAUGUGGACUGUAUUAGAGACUAUUGUUCUCGGUAUAUUAUUACUUUACGCAUCGGUCGCAUUACAUUUUUUACCAGCAUCAACAACACGUUGUCUUUUAGAACCGUGGUGUCGUGAAUUAGGUUUUAUGACAUGUUAUGGUGCAAUUAUAUUAAAAUUAUAUCGUCAUUUGGUUGAAUUUCGUACACGUAAAGCACAUCGCUGGGUAUUACGUGAUGUUGAUCUAUUAAAAUAUUUGGGUACUAUGGUAUUUGCUGUUGUCUGUUAUAUGUCAGCAUUUACAGCAUCAUCAAUUGAUUUAAUUGAGAAUGCUGAUUUAUUUGGUUUACAAGAAGUUCAAACAAAUACAUGUGUAUCAUUAAAAUGGGAAUAUGUAACGCAGAUUAGUGAAAUAUUAAUAAUAUGUUUUGGUUUACAUUUAGCAUUUGCCAGUCGUAAUGCUAAUACACAAUUUAGGGAAAGACAAUUCCUUGUAGCAGCUUUAAUAAUAGAAUUCAUAGUUUCAUCUAGUUUUUAUAUAUUAAGGGUAAUUUAUCUACCUGAAUUAAGUCCUGGUGCAAUAUUUUUGGCACUAUUUAUACGAUCACAAUUAACGAAUACGGUAACAUUAGGUUUGGUGUUUUUACCAAAACUAUGGUAUCAACAUAAGCAGGUCUGUUCACUUGCCCAUGAUUUAUCAUUUCGCUUACCUGUGGAUGCAUUCAAGGGCUCUCAUGAUACUGGACAUCAUUUGGGUGGCGGUUAUGCUGGUCUUUGUUUAGGUGAUCCUGAUAUUGGUGAAUUAACAAUAUCUGAAAUGAGUCCAGAAGAUAUCAGGGCUGAACUUAAAAGACUGUAUACACAACUUGAGAUUUUAAAGAAUAAAACUCUUCGACAAGAUAAUCCACAUAUAAGUAAAAGACGUGGUGGAAGAAAAGCGGGACAUCGAAGGUUUUCCUUACAGAAAAAAGGCAGUAAAGAUAAGGCGCUGAGUUCGAAACACCGUAAUAAACAUCAUGAUAUUGAAAUUACAGAAGCAGAGCCGUCUCGUACACCAGAAGAUUCAGUUUGUAGUGCUGAAGGUCCAACAGAUACAUAUGCUGAAAUUUCUGGUAUAUCACAUUCAAUGCUUUCACAUUCAGUUAUAUCACAUUCAAAAUAACAUAAAAAAAAUCAUCACGACGACAAAUAUAGAAAAUCACAAAAAAAUCAUUGUAAAAAUUCGAAAUAA